CACGUGGAGCGCGGCCAUGGCGGACACGGACGCGGCCGCCGCGGAGCCCGUGCGCUUCAAGAGCAACUACGCCGUGUCGCGGAAGAUCGAGCCGUUCUACAAGGGAGGGCGAAUCCAGAUAAGCCGCGAUGGGAAGUUCAUGUUCUGCCCCUGCGGGAGCAAAGUGAACGUGCUCGAUGUGGAAACGGGAGCGCUCCUGCACAGCCUGCAGUGCUCCAGGGGCUUCUCUUGCCGUGGGUUGUUCUUACUGGGUUCAUUUUCCUUUCUCGUGCCUUUGCAACCCCUGAAGUUUUGCAGAUGUGUUGGACUCCUGCCUCCCUCUCUUCCAUGGUUCAUUCCCUGUGUCCUUCUUUCCCCAGGUGGCUGUGACAGCACCAUUAAGGUCUGGGAUAUGGUCAAACACUACUGCACACACAACCUGAAAGGAUCCUCUGGAGUGGUACACCUGGUCGAGUUCCACCCGGACAUCUCCCGCCUGCAGCUCUUCUCCUCCUCCAUGGACUACAAAAUCCGCAUCUGGGACCUGAAUUCCAGCAAAUGUGUGGCUGUGCUGGAUGGGCACUUCAGUGCUGUCACCUCGCUGGCGUUUGCAGAUGGAAACACCCUCCUGAGCUCUGGCCGUGAUAAAAUCUGCCUGGUGUGGGACCUGGAGAGCAGGGAGAGCAAACGAACCAUCCCCGUCUACGAGACCGUGGAAGCCGCCGUGUUGUUGCCCGAGAAGGGGGAUUUCUCUCAGCUGGGUGUGAAGAAACAAGGGCUGCACUUUGUCACAGCUGGCAGCAAAGGCAUCCUGAGGGUGUGGGAGGUGGCCAGUGCAGGCUGUGUGUACACCCAGCCCGUGCCCUUCUCGCCGCGGGAGGAGCCGAGCGAGCGCAGCCUGUGCCAGUGCCUGUGGGUGCCCGCGCGGGGGGAGCUCGUCACCGUGUCCCUGGAGCACAACGUCGUGUUCUACGAGGCACAGACCCUCCAGCUCCGCAAGCAGCUCGCUGGGUACAACGAGGAGGUUCUGGAUGUGAAGUUCCUGGGCCCUGGUGACUCCCACAUUGUUGUGGCCACCAACAGCCCCCAGCUGAAGGUGUUUGAGUUGGCAACGUCCCACUGCCAGAUCCUCUACGGCCACACAGAAACAAUUAUGGCUUUGGAUGUCUUCAGGAAAGGCCUGAUGUUCGUCACCUGUGCCAAGGACAGGAGCAUCCGUGUCUGGAGGAUGGGCAAGGCUGGCAGGGUGGUGUGUGUGGCACAGGGGCUGGGCCAUGCCCACGGCGUGGGCGCUGUCGCCUGCUCCAGAAUGAAGGAAAGCUUCGUAGUCACCAGCAGCCAGGACUGCACCAUCAAGAUCUGGAACAUCCCGGAAUCCCUCACUUCCAAAGCAAAAGCAGCCUCGAUCUCCAGCCCAGAAACCCUCCAUGCCAGAAUGACUGAGAGGGGCCAUAACAAGGACAUCAACAGCGUGGCAGUGUCCCCCAAUGACAAGCUGCUGGCCACGGGCUCGCAGGACAGGCUGGCCAAGCUGUGGUCCUGCUCCGACUGCUCCUUGCUGGGGGUGUUCUCGGGGCACAAACGGGGCAUCUGGUGCGUGCAGUUCUCCCCCGUGGAUCAGGUCCUGGCCACCUCCUCGGCAGAUGGGACCCUGAAGCUCUGGGGCCUUCGGGACUUCAGCUGCCUGAAGACCUUUGAAGGCCACGAUGCCUCAGUGCUGAAGAUCAUCUUCGUGAGCCGAGGGGCCCAACUGCUCAGCAGUGGAUCUGAUGGUCUCUUAAAACUCUGGACAAUUAAAACAAACGAGUGUGUGAAGACAUUAGAUGGUCAUGAAGAUAAAAUCUGGGGUCUUCACUCCAACAAACAAGAUGACAUGGUGGUGACAGCCUCCAGUGACUCCUGUAUCACACUCUGGCAGGAUGUCACUGAAAUUGAGGAGAAAGAAGCACAAGCUAAACAGGAGGAGCAGAUUAUGAAAGAGCAAGAGCUUUCCAACCUGCUCCAUGAGCACAGGUACCUCCGAGCCCUGGGCUUGGCCAUUUCCCUGGAUCGGCCUCACACCGUGCUGACGGUGGUCAAGGCCAUCCUUAAGGAACCCGAGGGGAGAAAGCACCUGGAAGAGAACAUUGUUCGGCUCCGGAAGGAUCAGAAAGAGGCCGUGCUGGCAUUCCUGGUCACUUGGAACACCAACUCCCGGAACUGCCAUGAGGCCCAGGCUGUCCUGGAAAUCCUCCUGAAGCACGAGGCACCCAACAGUCUCCUGCAGUUCUCGGGAAUUAAACCUGCUGUGGAGUCCCUGCUGCCCUACACGGAGAGGCACUUCCAGAGGCUCAGCCGGCUGCUCCAGGCCUCCAUGUUCAUCGACUUCAUGUGGCAGCACAUGAGGUUGGGGGACACGGCCCAGCAGGACAACGGGACCCCGUGACCCUCCUCCCACCGCUUCCUCUCUCCAAAGGGGGGGAGCCUGAGCUCCUUCCCACCGGGAUGGUAACUGUAUUUUUAGUUCCUGUGUUUUAUAAUAAAUUUUUAAAUGUCAAUUUGUAAAA